CAUUAACACAGUUACCACAUUGUAUAAUAUUUUGCCAAAUGUAGGACUUCUCUACAUGUAGCUUGUCGAUAUACUGCUUUUUAACACACUUCUUAGUUUUACCACAGGAAAAAAGUUGCAGACUGCUGCGUGAUGUUUAAGCUUAAUAGAAACUCAUAGACAUGAUCCAUAACCACAUUACAGCACACCUAACUGAUAUUACUUACAUUUGUAAGUCUGGAAUGAUUUUCUCCUCAACCAUUUCUUCUUUGUUUGUUUCUUUCUUUGUUGUGUCAAAAUGAUGUAGGUGGUAUUGUCCAUGGCUCAGCAGCCAUUGCAAGCUCCGGCUGGAGCUGUGAUUCCAGAACCUGUUCAUGCGGUACCACUGCAGCAGGUCUCUGUGGUACCACAGCAGGGUACACAAGUCUCCAUGACCAUUGUACCCCAGCAAGGUACACAAGUAUCCAUGGUACCACAGCCUGUUGAACUGGUGGUAUCACCGACAGUACCAGCGGUACCACAGCAGGGUACACAACUCUCCAUGGUACCACAGCCUGUUGAACUGGUGUCUGUGGUAUCACCAACAGUACCGGUGGUACCACAGCCAGGUCAGCACAUACCUCCAACUUCACAGCAGGUGCAACAGGUGUUCCAGGUGGCCCAGCAGCACCUGACCCAGGUCCCUGCACCUGCAGAUGUACAUCUGCAGCAGGCUCUACAUCCAGACCAGGUGGUAUUGUCUCCCAUGGCUCAGCAGCCAUUGCAAGUUCAGAGUGGAGCUCUGAUUCCAGAAACCGUUCACGGGGUACCACUGCAGUCAACUCUGGUACCGCAGCAGAGUGCACCAGGUUCCAUUGUACCACAGCAGGGUACACAAGUAUCAGUAGUACCACAUCAGGGUUCACCGGUAGCAGUGGUACCACCGCAAAUUGCACCAGUCUCCAUGGUACCACAGCAGGGUACACUACCACAGCAGGGUACUUCAGCCUUCAUGGUACCACAGCAGGGUGCAUCAGCCUCCAUGGUACCACAGCAGGGUACACAAGUCUCCAUGGUACCACAGCAGGGUUCACCAGUAUCAGUGGUACCACCACCGGUUGCAUCAGUCAAUGUGGUACCACAGCAGGGUACAUCUACCACAGCAGGGUACAUCAGCCUUCAUGGUACCACAGCAGGGUACACCAGCCUCCAUGGUACCACAGCAGGGUACAUCAGCCUUCAUGGUACCACAGCCUGUUGAACUGGUAUCUGUGGUAUCACCGACA